GGGCGCAAAGUCCAGGUCCGGGCUUAUUGCACUCGCAGAGCAGGCAGUCUUCCCAGUCUUCCUUUCGGGUUGUGACGCCGGCGGGGAGCUGCGGACAAAUCGCCAAAGAAGUUAAUUUGACUUUCUCACUCUAUUCUGCCCCAAAAUGUUCGCCCGUGCUCCGAAGAAUCUCCUCAAUGCCGUGUGCAUUUCGGCACACAGGAACUUUUCGGUCACGUCUAAGAACCAUGUGAAGGUGGCUGUGCUGGGAGCCAGCGGAGGCAUUGGCCAACCCCUGUCUCUGCUCCUCAAGCAGCACCCCGCCAUCACCUACCUAUCCCUCUACGACAUUGCCCACACUCCAGGAGUGGCCGCCGACCUCAGCCACAUCAAUACGAGGCCUCAAGUCAAGGGCUUCACGGGCACUGACCAGCUCCCCGAGUCGCUCAAGGGCAUGGAGAUAGUGGUGAUCCCCGCCGGCGUGCCCCGCAAGCCCGGCAUGACCCGGGACGACCUGUUCAACACCAACGCUUCGAUCGUGCGGGACUUGGCGGAUGCCUGUGCCCAGGCCUGCCCCAAGGCCUUUUUGUGCAUCAUCUCGAACCCUGUCAACUCGACCGUGCCCAUCGCCUCAGAGGUGUUCAAGAAGCGGGGUGUCUACGACCCCAACCGCAUCUUCGGGGUCACCAGCCUCGACAUCGUCCGGGCCAACGCCUUCGUGGCCGAGGCCAAGGGCCUGGACCCAGCCACAGUGAACGUCCCCGUGGUGGGCGGCCACUCCGGGGUGACCAUCGUGCCCCUGCUGUCCCAGGCCACGCCGUCUGUGAGCUUCCCUCAGCCCGAGCUGGAGGCCCUCACCAAGCGCAUCCAGGAGGCCGGCACCGAGGUGGUCCAGGCCAAGGCCGGAGCCGGCUCCGCGACACUGUCGAUGGCAUUUGCGGGAGCUCGCUUCGUCUUCUCGCUCAUCUCUGCUCUCCAAGGAAAAGAGGGUGUGGUCGAAUGUGCAUUUGUCAAGUCUACGGAGACAGAGGCCACUUACUUCUCAACCCCACUUCUCCUGGGCAAAAACGGCCUGGCCAAAAACCUGGGUCUGGGCAAGCUGUCCCCGUACGAAUCUGAACUGGUGAAGACUGCGCUGCCCGAGCUCAAGAAUAACAUUAAGAAAGGCGAGGACUUCUCCAAGAAGUGAUUGCGGCAUUUUCACUCCAACAUCUUUGAGAAAAACAUCUGGAAUCUUGUUGUCAUUGUGGCUAGGAGGAGCGAUAGUCAGAUUUUCAUGGUUGUAACGCAUGUAAUAAAAAGUUGAAAGUUCUG